CCAGUGCAAUUUUCGUAUAAAUAGACUCACCUGCCGGCAUUGGGCAUCAUUAAAUAAAAACGUUCGUUCAAUUAACAACUGCAGUGCUGAGGUCCCCAGUCGAAAGGAUAAUUCUGCCUUUUGGAUUACACUUCUGAUCUUCGAACAAAAUGAAGAACUUUGCUCUAUGUCUGCUGGUCGCCGCCCUGAUGAGCUGCUGCCAGUCUGCCCCCCAAAAGGCGGAGGAGCCCAUCGCCAUCAUCAGCCAGGAGUCCAACAUUGAGCCGGAUGGAUCCUACAAUUAUGCCUACGAGACGGCCAACGGAAUCAAGGCCGAGGAGACCGGAACCCUGAAGAAGGCCACCUCCCCGGACUCCAGUGACGUGAUCAUCGCCCGGGGAUCGGUGUCCUACACCUCGCCCGAGGGCAACCUGAUCACUCUGAACUAUUCGGCCGAUGACGAGAACGGUUUCCAGCCGCAGGGCGACCAUCUGCCCACUCCGCCACCAAUCCCGCCGGCGAUUCAGAAGGCGCUCGACUAUCUGCUCAGCCUGCCCCCCGCAAAGCGUCUAUUGAUAGAGAUGAAAUUCCUACUGCUGAUUGCCCUGUUUGUGGUUGCUGCCUCGGCGACGGACAGCAAUGACCCGAUUUCCCAGGAAUCCAAUGUGGAGUAUAAUGGCAAAUACCAUUACCACUACGAGCUCAAGGACGGUUCCAAGGCCACUCAGGAUGGCGUGUUGAAGUCAGUGAAUGCCGAUCACAAUGGCGAAUCGGUGCAUGGCAAGUACUCCUUCGUGGGCGACGAUGGCCAGACCUAUGUGGUGUCCUAUGUGGCGGACGAGAACGGAUUCCAGCCGGUGGGCGAGCACCUGCCCACGCCACCACCCACUCCCGAGUCCGUUCUGAAGGCCCUGGAGUACAUCCGGCUGCAUCCCUACCAGACGCCCGAGAAGAAGCACUAAACAUGCCACUAGAACUGAGCCAAAAUGUGAUUGGAACCAAAAGAACUGAGACAAUUAAAACAGAUAUUUAAAAUCAACAAA